AUGACUAAAACUAAAAAUAAUUCAGAGAAAACAACAACAACGACGACAAUAACAAAUAAAACAACUACAGAUACAAAUACAAAUACAAAUAUAAAUAUUAAUAAAAAUAAUAAUAGUAAAGUAGUUGAAAAAACAAAAACAAAACUAACACAAACAACAUUAAUUCCAAUAAAGAAAGUAAUACAAGAGAAAUUAAAACCAAUAAAGAAAUUGAAUAGAAAACAAAUGGAAUUGGAUGUUAAAUAUAACGAAUUAUCAUUAAAUUGUAAUGAACCGAAAUCAGAUUGGCCAGAAUGGAGACAACAUCUAUAUGAUCAUGGUUGGGCAAUCGUACCAAAAGUUGUAGCAAAAGAAAGAUGUAAAGAGUAUUUAUCAAGAUUUUGGGAUUGGUUAGAGGGAUUCGGUAGUGGUCUAAAAAGAGAUAGACCAUCCACUUGGACUUCCGACAAUUGGCCAGGCAACAUUCAUGGGAUCUUUCAAAAUUACGCACUUGGUCACCAACAAUUUGUAUGGGAUAUCAGACAAGAGACUGACAUUAUGAAAAUUUUUGAAAUGAUUUAUCAAACACCCGAAUUACUAGUAUCAUUUGAUGGUGGUAAUUUGUCAAGACCAACAAACACCGAGCCCAAGUCUUGGGCACACUUUGAUCAGGGUAGUAGUAAAUUCGGGUUCCGUUGCAUUCAAGGUUUCUUAAAUUUAGAUGUUUGUCAAGAGAAUGAUGGUGGUUUAAUAGUUUAUCAAGAUUCACAUUUACAACAUGAUAAAUAUUUCGCUGAAUCUGCUGAACAGUCGCAAGGUGAUUGGUAUAAAUUUGAAAAGGACCCACAUUCAUUGAAAUGGUUUAAAGAUUGCAAAAAGAUAAAAGUUUGUUGUGAACCUGGUGAUGUGGUGUUGUGGGAUAGUAGAACGAUACAUUAUGCAUGUCCACCCGUAAAGAACUCUGGCAAUGGUAAUUGCAGAGCCGUAGUAUAUGUAAGUUAUCAACCUGCUUCAUUGGCUUCUGAAAAGGUUUUAGCUCAAAAACAACAAGCUUUUCAUUCAAAACGUAUGACUUCUCAUUGGGCUGCUGAAAAUAUUAAAUUAUUUCCAAGAACUCCUAGAACAUAUGGUAAUGAAGAAAGAGUUGAAAAAUUUAGAUUCGAUGAAACUACUUUACCAAUUUUAAAUGAAUUUGGAAGAAAAUUAGCUGGACUUGAUAGUUAUUAA